CCAGCAAACUAAAGCAGCAGUCUCCCUUUCUGGGUUUCCUUAAUCAUGGAUCUCAAUAUGAGUGUUUCUGCAAUAGGACUUACAAUUAUUUUGUUUACUGUUUUGCUGUCCUCUCUAUUGGGAUGGGCGAGAAAAAACAAUGGGAGUAUGCCUUUGCCAGGACCAUUUGCGCUGCCCAUCAUAGGAAACCUCCAUCAGUUGGGAGCUCUUCCUCACCGCAGUCUGCAGCGGCUGGCUGAGCAACAUGGGCCUAUAAUGAUGCUCAAGUUCGGUUCUGUUCCCGUCGUGGUCGCCUCUUCUUCUCAGGCGGCGAAACAGUUUCUGAAAACCCAUGACAUGAGUUUUCUCAGCAGACCGUCUACUACUGCUGGAAAAUACUUGUUUUACAAUUGCAAGGACAUCGUGUUUGCCCCCUACGGAGAUUAUUGGCGAAAUAUACGAAAGACUUGCAUGUUGGAGAUGCUGAGUGCCAAGAGAAUCGAGUCGUUCAAAGGUGUGCGGGAGGAAGAGGCCCUGGCAAUGGUCCGAUCGAUCUGGCAGAAGAGCGACAAGGGCAGAGUGGGCGUGGAUUUGAGCCGCAUCAUUUCCUGCCAUACCUCCGACUUCAUGUGGCGAAUAUUGACGGGGAGGACAAACGCCGACAGCCUCUCUGGCGGCACAACGUUUGAGGAAUUGAUUUGGAAGGCUGCUGAGUUGAUGGGAGCUAUCAACAUUGGCGACUUCAUUCCUUGUUUGGAUUGGCUCGACUUGCAGGGGCUGAGGGGACGUAUGAAGAAUGUCCACCAGCGGAUUGACGCUGUUUUUGACAAAAUAAUAGAUGAACAUGUUGAGCGCAAGGGGAGGCGCGGCGCGGAGGAGAAGGAGCGGCAUAAGGACCUGGUUGACGUACUUGUGGAAAUGGAAAUCACAGUAGAAGAGAAGAAGGCUAUCCUUAUGGACAUGUUUCUUGGGGCAAUAGAGACAGAGACAUCUACAUUGGAAUGGGCAAUGAGCGAGUUAUUGAGAAAUCCAUAUGUGAUGAAGAAAUUGCAAGAAGAAAUUGAUUUUAUAGUUAAAAAAGAUGAGAAAAUAGCGUCAUCUGAUAUUGUAGGCAUGGAAUAUUUACAUUGUGUGGUGAAAGAGACAAUGAGAUUGUAUCCAAUAGGCCCGUUGCUCAUCCCCCAUGAAUCUACGGAAGAUUGUGUUGUGGAAGGACCUCAUCAUGACUACUUCAUACCAAGAAAAACAAGGCUUAUUAUUAAUGCUUGGGCAAUAGGAAGAGAUCCAAAAGUAUGGGAAGAUCCCUUGGAAUUUAGGCCUGAGAGAUUUAUGGGUAAAAAUUUUGAUAUGAUAAGAGAUCCAGAAUUAAGCAUGAUUCCUUUUGGGGCAGGAAGGAGAAGUUGCCCAGGUGCUUCUAUGGCCAUUGCUAAUUUGGAGAUUGCAUUAGUAUACCUUGUUCACUACUUCAAUUGGAAAUGUGAAGGAGAGUUAGACAUGAACGAAUCUUUUGGAAUCACCAUUCCGAGAAAAGUGCAUCUCUUUGUUAUUCCCACUUGGAGGUUAAAGGUGAAUGAACCAUUUUACCUUAAAGUUUAAUCACUAUAAAAAGUGUUCAUUACCUUUUCACUCAAAUUAUGUAAAACAUAAUCCUUAUAAAUAAAUAUUCUUCUCAUUAUGAGUUGAAUACAAAAUUUAUAUAUAUAUUACAAUAUGUUUGAUUUCAA